AACUGACUUUCUUAGAGGUUGAAAUUGUUUACCUUCUGGUACCUCAAAUACCAUGAAGUUUUCAGUUUUAAUAUUGCUAACUACAGCUUAACUUUUUAUACAGGCUACUGGACUAGGUGGGUCAGCAGUAGCAGGCCAUGGUUCAGACCAGAUUGAGACUAUGGAACCUGUUAAAGAUCGUAUCAUUAAGGUCACUUUCAAUGCGGAUGUGCAUGCAAGUCUACACUGGAAUUUUAGACCACAGCAAACAGAAAUAUAUGUUGUACCAGGAGAAACUGCACUGGCAUUUUACAAAGCAAAGAAUUCUACGGACAAACCAGUAAUUGGAAUCUCUACAUAUAACGUGGUUCCAUUUGAAGCAGGACAAUAUUUUAAUAAAAUACAAUGCUUUUGUUUUGAAGAACAGCGGCUUAAUCCCCAAGAGGAAGUGGACAUGCCUGUGUUUUUCUUCAUAGAUCCUGAAUUUGCUGAAGACCCAAGAAUGGCCAAAGUUGAUCUGAUAACACUUUCUUACACUUUUUUUGAAGCAAAAGGAGGACACAAAUUACCCCUCCCAGGUUAUCAAAAAUAGACUAUACAAUGAAUCCGUGGUUUCUUUGGUACCUAGCAGCCUGAUGAUCUGUCAACAUUGCAAAACACAUUCUUCCAAAGGCACAAGAAGGACAUGAAACACCACAUGGAAGUAUUAUACAAUAUGAAUUUAUUUGUUAUUAUUAAACCAUGACACAUAUGCUGUUAAGAUGUGAUUUUUAUUCUGCUUUCUAUAGAAGGACCUAUGUGUCUGAACACAAAGGGGAAAGGAAACCUUCUCGCCAGGGAUUAAUAUGGCGUUCCACACCCUCUUAAUCAUUAUUUUAUUCUUACAAGAGCCCCUGUGACAUAGGCAGUUAUACCCAUUUUAUGAAUGGAGGAACCAAGGUAAAGGGUUGAGGAAGUGAUAUGCCCAAGCUCAUGCACACAUUGAGCUUAGGUCAUAAAUGCCACUCUAUCCUUUCCCCCAGACCAUGCUUCCUGUCUUCCUUUUAGUGUAUAGGCUGUGAUAAAAGUAAUACCAAAAGUAAUGUUUCGGAGUUCUAGACAUCACUACAAGAGUCACAUUUGAAAUUAUGGCAGAAUAUCUAAUUGCUGUCAUUUAGGGCUCUGCAAAUUGCAUUUGUGUAUGAUUUAAGAACAGUGUGAUGCGGAAGAGCUCUUGUUGCUUCCCUGUCUCUAUUUUUAUGCAACUUUUACAUUUAAAACUAUUUGUUUUUAAAGUACUUGUAAGUCACUUUCAAAACAAAAGAAUGUUAUUGUACUGUGUAUUUACUGGCAUCCAGUGUAUCUUGUAAUAACACAAUGUGAAAUCUGACUAGACUGAUUAAAAAGGUUGUAAUAGUUUAA